CUCAUUUUGGUUGGAGGAAUUUGCCCCUCACAACCCCCACCCCUUCUCUCUCUCAUCUUCUUCAGAUCUUAUGUCCUCUCCCUUCCUCUCUCUUUUACGGGCUUCCUCUUCAAAUUCUUCUUCUUCCCUUGCUGAAGAAUCUCUUAUCCAAUCUCUAUCGCUCUUUUUAGAUGCAGUCAUUAAAUUUAUCCUCCUCCACAUUGUCGCGGUCUCCUCGGCCGCUGCAAUUGCCGCCGCGGUGGGCUACCGCCGCAAGAAACGGCGAUCGGCGAGAGACAGUCGGCUGAUGCCGAGGCUUGUUUUGACGGACUCCGGCCGGAUCGAGGAGCUCGAGGGUUUCUCCCACUACGUCGCCAGGCAGCUGGGUUUCAGGGACGUAAAUGAAUGUCCCCAGAUGUGCAAAUUAGCGUAUAAUUACCUGAGGAAAACCAAAGGUUGUGAAGACAACAUAUUUGCCUUCUUUGCCAGCGACCCAAAUCCUGAAGCUGGGUAUGUGAAGUUCAUAGAGGAAAUGGACAAGUGUAUACUAGGCUAUUUUGCAUUUCACUGGGAUCAUGCCACUCUUAUGAUUACUAAGGUUUUGGCUGCUGAUGGUGAACCCAAAAGAAAGCUCAAAGACUUGGUCAUGGAGGCUACAAGGAAACAGAGGUUUGAGAGGGUGACAAGAGACCUAAAGGUGGCAAGGGUGUUCUCUACAUUGGUGGAGGAGAUGAAAGCCAUCGGGAUCGCACCGCACGAUGAUUCCCGGUGCACGGACGUGAUGGUCCCUGCAGCCCACUGCGACCGGAGCCCCGUUCUACUUCUGAUGGGCGGCGGCAUGGGAGCUGGCAAGAGCACUGUGCUUAAUGACAUACUUGCUCAGGAUGUGUUUUGGUCGAAGGCGAACGCGGUGAGGGUGGAAGCGGACGCGUUCAAAGAGACAGAUGUCAUCUACCGAGCCAUCAGCUCCCGAGGACACCACAACGACAUGCUCCAAACGGCCGAGCUGGUGCACCAAUCUUCGACGGACGCUGCCUCCUCCCUCCUUGUGACCGCACUCAACGAGGGCCGGGAUGUGAUCAUGGAUGGCACGCUCUCAUGGGAGCCAUUUGUCGAGCAAACGAUUGCCAUGGCUAGAGCCGUCCACCGCCAGCGCUACCGAAUGGGGGUCGGCUACAAGGUCGCCGAAGAUGGGGCCAUCACUGAGAAUUACUGGGAACCAGUCGAUGAUGACGACGGCAAUAACCAUGACAGCAGUCAGCCCAGCAAGAUGAAGCCUUACCGGAUCGAGCUGAUCGGAGUUGUUUGUGAUGCCUAUCUUGCAGUAGUGAGAGGUAUCAGGAGAGCGAUAAUGACAAACAGAGCCGUGAGGGUGAAGUCCCAAUUGAAGUCCCACCAGAGAUUUGCAGACGCCUUCCAAAGAUACUGCGAGCUUGUAGACAACGCCAAGCUCUACAGCACCAACACUUUGGGGACCCCCAAGCUAAUAGCGAGGAAAGAUGUGGACACAGACUUGCUGGUGAACCAUCGAGAAUUCGGGUGCGUGGAGAAGGUGAGCAAAUUGAAUGCGGAAGCUACCUCGAUCUACGAGCUCUAUCCUUGUGGGGACACUACCUGCGGAUCUCGCUCCAUUUGGGAUGACAUAGUGAUGUCGCCAUCGAGGGAACUGAUCCAGCGAGAACUAAAAGCAGCAGUUCAGAUGAUCGAGAACCACACCUCGUGACCUGGUCGCCGUGAAGACCCUCACCAGGUCCUGGUUGGUGUCAUGUUGUCUCAUUUGCCGAGUGUAUUUAUGUCCUUUAUUUACGGAUUUACUUAAUGGUUCUUUAAGUUUAUCCACCUUUUCACAAGUCCUAAGGCAUUCCAAAGUCAUUGUUGAACGUUAAGGGGGCGUUUGGUAACCCCAACAGGAUCACCACGGUGAUCUAAGAUCUCCGGUGAUCCGAAUGCUAGGAUGAUUUGAUCCCCAGUGAUCUAAGAUCAAUGUGUUUAGUAGGCCAUGGUCCAGUGAUUAAAAAUUUUCGAAUA